AAAGGAAAGAGGAGGAGGUGAGGGAGGCAGGGCUGAAGCUCUGGCUUCACAGCAGAUGAACGAUAGCGGAGCCUUUGAGAGAAGCUCCGAGGAGGUCGGCUCUUCAAAACCUGUUCCAGGGAGCGUAGCAGAAAUGGAGAUAGAAAGCAGUGUGAAUGACGGUCAGGAAUGGAAGGAGGUUCCACAUCAACAAGAUGACACCCAAAACCUUGAGAAGGACCCACCAAGCAAGGAGGAGAUUGUUCGUUGUCAGGAAUCUAGAGCAUCAUUUGGUGAAGAGAAUGAUGAGGAACAAGUGAAACACAAGCUAGAUUCUGAUUCUGAAGUUACAGACAACUUUAAGACACAGGAGGGAAAUGGCAUUAAACAAAGCACUGUGAUGACUUCUGACCUCAGGUCUUUUGCGUUUAUGGAGACUACAGGUGAGGAUUUUACUAAUGAAAUGCCUGUUUUGAUGACCGAGGAAUCAUUCAGAGCCAUGAAGGAACAUCUAGAACCACAGAAUGAUCUACCACAAAAGAUUUGCCCAACUCUCAGUUCAACUGCUGAAACUUCACCACACCUUCAAGAACAACCUGUUGCCACAGUAGUGCUCUCUCAUUCUGGUUCACCUAAAGAAGAAAGUGGAGGUCCAUCAGUUUCCAUCGCUUUCAGAGAAAACCUGCCAUUAAAGUGGAACCCAGCCAUUUCUGAAUCCCAAGGCAAGAGAAUUCCCGAGGACCUUGAAUCACCAAGAAUACCAGUCAUAAAGCAGCAGACAGUGUCACCAGAUCAUGGAUGUGACACAGAAAUACUUUCUGAUGUCACAGUUUUGGAUCUGGCAGACAGAUCAGAACAUAAAGCAUUAGAUAUGUCAAUUGAAGAAAUGCCUGACAGCUCAAAUGCUGGAGAUUCCUAUCUAAAGUAUGUCACCACAGAGGUGAGAGAAACCACCAAUAACUUUGGGAGCAUUAAAGAACAAGAAGUCACAUAUAGUGAACUGAAAGUUAGCAAACUGGGACAAAUGGUGUCAACAUCACCAGAUUACAAUCCGGGUGAUGAAACAGUGGCAGGAGAAAGGAGAACUAAACCGGAUUCCUCAGACAAGGCACCCUUGGUCCUUCCGUAUCCAAUGGGGUUGAAGUGGGAAGAGAACUGGGCUGAAGAAAAGCACUCCUCUGCGUCAGACUUGGACAAGCUUAGCAAAACCACACACAGAGUGACUGAUGCUUCAUGUGAUGGUCCACCAUCUGGAGGAGUAGGCAUGAGGGAGAAGCCUCAGCCUGGCUCUGCCAGAGAAGGUGCAGUAAGCCAUGGAUAUAAGAGUGAUCUUGUGCCCUCCACAAAUAUGGCAGUUACUGAGAGAGAACUGUUUCCUAGAGCUGGUAUUGGAAAUGACAAAGUGGAAGAAAUGGCACACCCCCAAACAGAGAAAAUGUCUAAGGAUUUUGUGGCAAUGCUAAGCCCAAAGACAAAAAUGCUCUUAACUCCUGACAUCAGAGAGAGCACUGAGAAUGGUUUAGAUCCUCGACUAGCCAUAUAUACAGUGAUAGGAUCUACAGGAACUUUAUUCAAGGAGAGAGAAAGGGGCAGAGAUGAAAGUUUGUCGGUGUCACUCUCUGAUUCUCUAACUUUGGCCAAAAUAUCAGGCACAGUGAUGUCAUCUGACAAAGAUGGGGAUAAGCAGUUGAGCGAGAAUACAGCAUCAGAGAGAGAUGUGGGCAAAGUAACAACAUCAUCAGAAAGAGAUCUGGAUGAGCCAUCAGCCAUAAUGUCAGAGAAAGAUAGGAACCAGUCCCCGGGAGAGAUGACAUCACCAGAGACAGACAGAGCGCGCCAAUGCAUUGAGAAAUGUAUCUCUUCAGUAACUGAUAUUCAGCAGGAAACAUCUGGGUCCAGUUCUCCCUCAGAGCCCAUCUGUAACCCUUACAUCACCACAGGUCACGAAAAGGACAGGCUAGAGAAGUUGUCACUACUUUUGCACGUACAGUCAAAGACCUGUGUAUCUUGGGUUGAUUCAUUCCCUCGUAUGGACAGAGACGAGGUAGAGAAUGUGACAAAUGAGACAAACCAAUCCAUGGUCUCCACAGAAGCACUUACUGAUCCAGUAGAGGAUAGUUUUGAAUGUGCUAUUGCGGAGGAGGCUGUCAUGCAGACCCCCAAGCUGAAGAACCCAGCCUCUCUCCUGGAUGUUCAAAAUUCCCCUCCAGUAUGCAGCAGGCAACAUGACGCGGGACAGAACAAACUUGCACAAGCUACUGGAGAGCCUCCCACUUCUGGCCCUGACAAUGGACAGUUGAACCAAACUGAUCAGAGCAAUGCAACAAACCAGAGCCUCUCUGCCACUUACAGCAGCAUCACGGCGAAGGAAAAUGUGCAAAGUCCCUUGAAAAGUCGACACGUGUCCGACCUGAUUAAAGAGACUGAGAAGAUGCAUGAGAAGAUGAGGGAGUGGAGCAGACCACCGGAGGCUAGAGCUGACGUGACCUCGGACCCUGCACAGUCUGUCAAAGUGGCGCAGAUGAAGGCGGCGUUCGACCAACCGAAAAAAUCAACAGGAAAAACACUGGAGAGUAAACAGUCAGUGAGAAAAGAUAUGUCCAGACGAGUUGUACGGCAGAGUAAGUUCCGUCAUGUGUUCGGCCAGGCGGCGAAGAACGAUCAGUGCUACGAUGACAUCCGCGUCUCCCGGGUCACGUGGGACAGUGCCUUCUGCGCCGUCAACCCAAAAUUCGUCGCCAUCAUUGUGGAGGCCAGUGGUGGAGGGGCCUUCCUUGUCCUCCCUCUCCAGAAGGCUGGCCGGAUAGAUAAGUCCUACCCUACGGUGUGCGGACACACGGGGCCCGUGUUGGACAUCGAUUGGUGCCCCCACAACGACCAGGUCAUUGCCAGUGGCUCUGAAGACUGCACCAUCAUGGUGUGGCAGAUCCCUGAGAAUGGCUUGGUGACCUCCAUGUCCGAGCCCGUGGUGGUGCUAGAGGGCCACUCCAAACGGGUGGGCAUCAUCACCUGGCACCCCACUGCCCGCAACGUCCUGCUGAGCGCAGGCUGCGACAACAUGAUCAUGAUCUGGAACGUGGGCACAGGCGAGGCCCUCAUCACCCUGGAGGACAUGCACCCAGACGUCAUCUUCAGCGCCUGCUGGAACCGCAACGGCAGCCUCAUCUGCACCGCCUGCAAGGACAAGAAGAUCCGCGUCAUCGAUCCGCGUAAGGAGGAGCUCAUCGCGGAGAAGGAUAAGGCCCACGAGGGGGCGAGGCCCAUGAGAGCCAUCUUCCUUGCUGACGGGAACAUCUUCACCACUGGAUUUAGCCGCAUGAGUGAGAGGCAGCUUGCACUCUGGAACCCGCAAAACAUGGAGGAGCCAAUCACUGUCCAUGAGAUGGACACCAGCAAUGGUGUCCUGCUGCCUUUCUACGACCCUGACACCAAUGUGGUCUACCUGUGCGGAAAGGGCGACAGCAGCAUCCGCUACUUUGAGAUCACGGAGGAGGCGCCAUUCGUGCACUACCUCAACACGUUCACCACCAAGGAGCCGCAGAGAGGCAUGGGCUACAUGCCCAAGAGGGGCCUGGACGUCAACAAGUGUGAGAUCGCCAGGUUUUACAAGCUGCAGGAGAGGAAGUGUGAGCCUAUCAUCAUGACGGUGCCAAGAAAAUCGGACCUGUUCCAGGAUGACCUGUAUCCAGACACGGCAGGUCCAGACUGCGCCCUCGAGGCCGAAGAGUGGUUCGAGGGCAAAAACGGCGAGCCCAUCCUGAUCUCCCUCAAGCACGGCUACAUUCCUGGCAAGAACCGCGACCUCAAGGUGGUGAAGAAGAACGUCCUGGACAACAAGCCCAAGGCUGGCAAGAACGUGGAGAACGCCCACCCCACCAAGACAGCCACCCAUGUCGCCACGGCUCCGUCUAUUAAAAGUGAAGAGAAGAUGGAUGAGGUGUUGAAAGAAAUAAAAUCUCUCAGAGAGCUGGUCAGCAGCCAGGAGAAGCGAAUUGCCAAACUUGAGGAGCAGUUGUCCAAGAUGGACAUCUAAAAGGACCCAAUCCUUUACCCACAGCUACUGUUCAGGAUGUUCUAUUGGCCAGGUGGGCAGGACCCGUCACUGCCAAUCAACCAUGACAGAGUUCCAUCUGAAGCCUGCCCAGCAACAGCCCUAACCAACAUUCCAAGAUGAAUUUUUUUUUCUUUUUUAAAUCUCUUUUCCAACCCCCGAACACACAUCUUCAAAAGGAGAGAUGGAGAGAAACAAACAAUAGGUCUUUCACAAGAUUGAAGAAUAUAUCUCUUACUAACCUUUACUCCCAAUCUUUCAGCAGUGCUUGUUUUAUUUGGUGUAUUUGAAGAGUCUUAACAUUUUCUGUUUAUAUUGUUGAAUAUAUCGUGACCAAAAUUCCAAUGUGAAUCCUUCACAUAACUCAUGAUGUACUCAGGCGUUGACACAGCCACCAGUAUUGCAUUCCUGCUCAUCCCAUCCACCCAGUUCUUUGUUGCCAGAUUUUUAGAGGAGACCUCUGUUCUUCCUCUUUGACAGUAUUUGACCCUAGCUCUUUCGUUUUCUUACUCCAACCUUUUGUUCUAAUAAGGGACAAUGCAAUAGAAGGGGGAAUUGUUUGAAUCCUAUAUUACCAUUUUGUAAGGUAUUGACAAAAGGAAAGAAAAAUUGAAGUUGAUUUUAUUCAAACAUGUGUACAGUUGGAGCAUAUGUACAUAUCAAUGGAGUAAAACAUCUACCUACUGAAAAAGUCUUAAGUCUUGUUUAGUUUGGUCAUUAUAUAGGUGCCAGUCUAAAGCUUUAUUGUUUGGAACAUUCCUGUACUGACAUGCUUGUUCCAGUUGCCGCAGACGCAGCCAUUGAGGUCUGACUUCUCAUGGCCUGCGCUUGCCUCUCUCCUGGAAACAGUAUCCUCUCAUUAUGCUAAUUACGAUCGAUAAAGGGUGGCCCUGAUUAAAAGCAUUUUCCCUGUUUGAUUCUUAUAUUCUUGAAUUGUACCAUUUUGCGUUUUCUCGGUUAAAACAUCCUUUUAAUUACCCAGAACCAUGCAGUGAACCCCCUGUUUAGGGGACCCUCCAUCUGUGGUCUCAACUUAUGGACCUGCUAAGCAAUUUAUGAAAGACUUCUAAUCUAAGACCAGUUUGUUUGUUGUUUGAAUGCGUCAAAGAGGAUCUGUUUGUAGCUCAGGCUACAGUAGGCUACAAUAUGAAUUGAGUGUCAGGCCUUUAGAGAGUCUCUGUGUGGUUGGAUGCAUGAAUUGGGGCCCCUGUCCAGGGGUGGGUAAACUGCCACUUCAGCCAAGCAAUGCAAACAUGACUAGCACUGUAUGACGGCUCACGUUGCCAAUUAUGUAAUAAAAUGAUAAGCCGUUAGCCAUAUCAGGGUUGUUCAUUGAACUGUCCCUUUAAGAUAUUCAAAACUUUCCAAAAGGUGUCGCAAACAACCCCAAAGUGUGUGUGUGUGCGCGCAUGCGCGCACCUCAACCCUUUCCUUAUUUUGGUUCUUGCCUUGAAGCUGAGUGCUACAGCUCCAGGACUCUGUGCCCUUUCUUCUUCGCAUGCCUGUCCAUGCGUUACCUGCGGAGAUGGAGAUUUGCCGCUACUGCGCUGUGCUUGGCUUCCUGUUUCCGUUGUGUACAAGCUACUUGCCAUGCUCUCCUGACCAUGCAGAACCAAGUCUGCCUGGCAGUCUAGCCGCACUUUGGCAAGACUGUAUGCCUGCAGCAAGGCAACAAGACUCAGCACCUGUUUGCAGGACACAAAUGUAAAGGAUCUUGCCAGAACUUUGUUGCAAUUUGGAGUAAAUUAAGAUUUAAAAAAAAUUGAACUAAACAUUGAAGUUUAAGAUGUAUUUAGACUACUGCUCAUGUUUGUCCCUGCAUCCUGUCCUCUGCCCCAAAAAUCUGCAUUUCUUUGUAUGUGGCUAACACCUUUUUUUUUUUUUUUUUAAUCUUUUUUCCAAAUUUAGUUAAGUAGGAAACGAAAGUUGUCAGCCGGUGUAGUACAGACAGUGCCCCCCCACCCCCUGUGCGUGUGUGUGCGUGCGCUUGUGCAUGUUUACCCAGUUUUAGAAAGGAUUGGUAUUUCCUGCUGAGGAAUUCCUCAUUUAAAACCACUGAAGGGGUUGGCAAUUAAAGUAAACUAGUGGAGCACAGCUACAGAGGAAGUGACCAUAAACCUGCCUACAUGUUCUAUGUAUUAGUAGUACCAUUAGUUGCUGCUUUGGUUUUCUUUCUUUCUUGGGGGGGGGGUUCGUUUAAAUGUUGAUGUGCACAGAUGGAAUCAGGAAGUGUCAGAGAGGAGUGGGGUAUUUACUGUGAAGCUCACCAUGUCUGAGUGGGUAGAUUAUUGUAAGGUGGUAAAGGAUGUGUGUGAGAAGGGCAGGUGGACCUGCAGGGCUCUCCAUACCUACGGAUCCGCACUGCCUCCUCCACAAUUAAAUUAAAUCCUGUGCUCCUGAUGCCGCCGAUACCAAACGGUUUGUGUCUGUUGUAGUGUUGAUUUAGCAGUUUUACCUGAACUGCUACUUUUAAGAACGAAUCCAUCUCACUCCCCCACAGGCCCUUGGCAUGAUCAGCUUCGAUGAUUGGCUCUUUAAUGCGCUGCUGAUUAUGCUAGUGAGGCCUUUGUAAAUGAUCUCCCUCUGCGUCAUUUACUGCGGUUUGCGGAAGCUGCGUUUUUACACUGGUUCUAGGCCGCUUUCUCAGUUUGUCUUAAAAACGGUUGAAGUAAGGGAUUGGUGAAAGUGGAUCGGUUCCUUUAUAAAGGCGAGGGGUGGAAGUGCUCAUUUUGCUUUUGAGGAGAUGGUGGCGUGGCACUGCAGUAGAAGUUGGCUGAUGUUACUGAACGACAGGGUCCUGUGUAGGUUGAAAAGAAAUGCAAACUCGAAAGCUUAUUGUAUGUGAUUCCAUUUUUUUUUUUUUUUUUUUUUUUUUUUUUUUUUUUUUUAACUUGGUGCCCCUGUGAAACUGCGUAAGACGAGAAACAGUUCCUGAAUUAUCCCUGUUCAUUUUAAAUAACAUACACGGAACAAGAGUUUAAAAAAUAAAUCCAAAGAAACAACAAAAACUGCUUGGUGUAUAUUUGUACUGUUCUUCCCCUGUUCAUUCUGCUUCACCCAUCAAAGAAUCUGAAAAAUAAAUAUUAAGCUCUUCAA